CGCAACCCUAUGUCUCCUUUCCACCUUCAACCUCUCUCCUAUGGCCUCCGCCAAAGCACAGAGAGAGAAACAGAGAGAAUAACUAGGAGUAAUCGGAAAGGAUAGAGAAACUUUUUUGCCUUUGUUUCCUUUUCUGAAUGUGAGAAAGAUUCUUGUUCGUGCUUGUUUAUUUCAGAGUAAGACAGAACCAGAGAGAGAUUCUCGUCUUUCUUCUUCUUCUUCUUCUUCUUCUUUUCAGUUAUUUUUUCAUGGCAAAAGGGAGCAACACGUUCAGGUUAUCUGACCUGAUGCCAUAUUCGUGGUUCUAUAAGCUUAAGAACAUGCGAAGCAGAGGAAACAGAGUACAGAAAGCUAAUAAUUCCAAAGACAAAAGCCAAAUCUCAAGAACAGAACCUCCCAAAUCUCCUAAAAUUCAAGAUUUUUCCACAAAUAGAUUCUCUCACUACAUUACAAGCGAAGAAAGAGCAGCAGAGCCGCUUUCCCGUUCUCCUACUCACCCAAAAAAAUCAAAGAAAAAACCAAAGAAGAAGCUGUUGAGCUCCCCUGUUUUAAACUCACAGCCAUCCCAUGAAACUCCCCUACACAGCCUCGAUGACCGCUUCGAUGCCAAAUUCUUCACCUCUUCAUCAGAUAUUUUCGUUACAGAGCCCAAUCAUCCUCUUCCUCCUCCUAUAUUGACGAAGCGCCGCCUGAUCAAUGGAAGAAAACAGAGUCCGAAACAGGGGAGCAGGUCUCCCUCUGCAACUCAACAGAUAAAGCUGAGGAUAAAGUCACCAAAGCUUGUGCAGAAGAGACUGGUGAAGAGGAAGGGAUUGACAGACAGUUUCGUAGUGGUGAAAUAUUCUUCGGAUCCGAAGGGAGAUUUCAGAGAAUCAAUGGUGGACAUGAUUGUUGAGAACAAUCUAUUUUCAUUGAAGGAGUUGGAGGAAUUGCUUUCUUGCUAUCUGUUACUGAAUUCAAGUGAGUAUCAUGAUCUGAUUGUUGAGGUUUUUGAGAAAAUCUGGUCUGAUAUCACGGAGAUUAUCGUGUAAUUUAAGUGCAAGGAUUGUUGAUGUAGUGUUCUAUGCAAGGUAGUAACUUGAAUUAUUUUUAUAUUUUUAUAUGAUCCUUCUUUCUUAAUAAAAUUAUCAAGCUUUGAUCUUUUUCAA